AUGAAAGCCCAGAACAUACUCCUAUUCUCUAUCGGCACAUCCGCUACGGACUCGCCAAUAGCCACGAUAUCCUCGGGCUUGAUCCAGGGAGUCUCUACAACCCUCCCCAACGCAGCGUCAGCAGUCAACAAGUUCCUAGGAGUCCCCUACGCCGCACGGCCUCACCGAUUCUCUCUCCCCGAACCACCGGCGCCAUGGGCGAACACGUUCAACGCAACGGGCUUUGGUCCCGCGUGUCUUCAAAACUUCGGCAUCAGUGAGCUCGGCCCCAGACCCGAACUACUUCAAGGCCUCUUCAACAACCCUCCAGCCCCUGAAAGCGAAGAUUGCCUAAGCAUCAACAUCUUUGCCCCAGCAGCUCACUCCCCUGACGCCGAUCUCGCGGUCUUGGUCUUCAUCCCAGGCGGCGGCUGGCAGCUGGGCCACGGCAGAUCCGACCUCUCCGCCUUUGCAGCAUAUGACAACAUCAUCGCCGUAACCCUCAACUACCGCACGAAUGGUACCUCUCCGUUCCAUGCCGCCCGCCUAGGAAUAGAACUGACCAAUAUAGUCUUCGGCUUCCCAUCGUCCCCCGACCUUCCACUGGCGGAACGUAACUUAGGUCUGCACGACCAACGCCUCGCCCUCUCCUGGGUCCAAGCAAACAUUGCCGCUUUUGGCGGCAAUCCGUCAAAAGUCACCAUCUGGGGCGAGUCCGCGGGCGCCCUCUCGGUGGAUCAUCACCUCAAAGCCUACGCUGACGACGCCUCGCUGCCGUUCCGCGCGGCGGUGAUGUCGAGCGGGCAGACGAGCUUCGGGCUCACAGCGGUCCCUUCCACCGGCGAUGAGGCAUGGACAGGUUUAUCCGCGGCGGUGGAGUGCAGCAACGCGACGAACGGGUUAGAGUGUAUGAGGGAUGUGCCCGCGGAGACGUUGAUUGGCGCUAUGCUUGAUCAUCGAAUAUUGUUCGUGCCACAGGUUGAUAACCUAACUGUUCUCAGUUGGCCGGGGGAACUCUGGAGGGACGGAAAGGUCGCCAGGGUCCCGAUCUUGACGGGGACUGUGGCGGAGGAGGGACGGGGGCUGGUCAACGAUCAAGUCAACAUGACGGCGUUUCUCGAUGCGUACCUCCCGCCUCUUCUCGUUCCGAAAGAAGCCCGGGAUGCGAUUGUGUCCGUCUACCGGUCUGACCCGAAGCUCGUCACGGACUUUGACGUUGCCGCAGCCAUCUACACAGACUUUCUGUGGUCUUGCCCCCAAUCCAUUCUGGCUUCAACGGCUGCCUCGAAUAACAUUUCAACGUGGCGCUAUCACUUCAACACGUCUCUCCUCACCUUCUUGCCCGACGAGUACGGCUGGCUGGGUAAGUUCCACGGCUCGGACCUCAUCCUGCUCUUCUCCGAUCCCAAGACCACGCCGUUCACGUCCCAGUCGUACGCGGUCUACGAGUAUUUCAGAGGGGCCAUCGCACAGUUCGCUAAGAACCCUUUCGCCGGACCGGGGUGGCCGGCCGUGGGAUCAUCGUACGCACCGCUUGAUGUUGCGAUCUUGGGAGACAUGGGGGAUGUGCCUGGUGUAAUGGCGCUGGCCAAUGCCGCCAUUCUGGAUGACCAGUGUAAGCUAUACGAGAAAUUUUGGCCGCUACUCGAGACUGUUCCCGGCCUCACCCUUUUCAACCCCCUCGACCCUGGGCCCGACCUUUCUCCAAAUCUCCUCCGCAACCUCCUCCACGCUCGCACCCGCAUCAACAACGACCAAGUCCUCCUCCUCCUGCCGAAACUCCCGAUCGACCCGCCCCUCCUCGCCGAGCCCGCCAUCCGGUCCGACCCGUCCCAGGCUCAGGCCCCAGAACAGCUCGCGCACGCGGCGCUGGAACUCGGCCUUCUCGUACACCUCGCCGCCCCACCCACCGCGCUCCCUCGCGACUGCCUCCUCGAGGUCGAGGAACAGCACGAGGUCGGGCCGCGGCAGGCCGAGCUCGGGCUGGCGCGCCCAGUGCAGGCUCAGGUGCGGGUUCUGCUUGGCGGCCGAGUAGACGAUGCCCGAAUGGUAGUACCUGUCGCAGAUGACUGUCGUGCCGGACGCAAGGAGCGCCUGUAUGUUUUUUCUGGGCCGGGUGUAAGAGGGGUUCUUCCGCGGCUGUAA